AUAAUACUAGGUACUGAUGGUAUGAACAGUCUGUCAUUUCGUCGCAAAAGAAAUAUUGCAUCAGAGAAUCAACAGCGGGAGUAUACUGAUUGGGUAAAUGAGUGGCUUGCAAACAAAUCGUAUUCAACUCGAGUAAUCUCUGUGACAAAUGAUUUCAAAUCUGGAGUUAUAUUCGCUGUUAUCAUCGAACUAGUUGGAGGAGUAAAACUGUAUGGUAUAGAGGAGCAUCCAACAAGCAAAUCUCAACAGGACGAGAAUGUGAACAGUUGUCUGGAGUUUCUAGCUCAGAGAGGACUGCAGCCUGAAAAUGUGCCUGAUUCGUCUGGUAUUGUGAUAGGAGAUGUAGUGUGUACAAUGAGUGUUCUACACCAGAUCAGUAAACUGGACCCCAACUCUAAACUAAAACCUGUCAACCUGAAAUCUAUCAGAGCUGGUAAGAAGACGCUAGACAGACAGAUGUCAGAUAGAUAUCCUAUACAGACAGGGCCAAUAAGCGAGUUCAACAAAUCAGCGACAAUCGGACCAUGCGGUGCCAAGUCAAUGCCAGUGUUGUAUCGCUCCUUCGACAGUUUGACUGGUUCUGAUACUCAGCGUAGAAGUCAAGGCAGUCAGGAGGUACUAUCUCCAACAGGAAGUCGACCCAAACGUCCCAACUCAUUUGAUCUGUCUCCAGACACUCCCGUUAUUAUAGAAGACCAGGAUAUGGACGACGAGGGGAUUAUUCAGAUCGGCCAGAGGAAGAUUAGAGAGUCUCAGAAUAAUGAGAACUACAACUCACAGAAUACAAGGAGUGAUUUUAAACGUGCUCAAACGCUCAGUUUAAGAAGAAGUGGACCCAUGAUGGAUAAUGUCAUGAUAAAGAUAAACGGCAGUCACUCGAUCCGUCACUCCAGACCGCUGAUGAACGGUCCCAUCUCCCCCUUACACCCUAUGGUAGUGCCCCGGAACCAAGUAAUGGACCCCAUGGCAGCUGCUCACAGCCAGGGGAUGGUUCCCAUGGCAGCUGCUCACAGCCAGGGGAUGGUUCCCAUGGCAGCUACUCACAGCCAGGGGAUGGUUCCCAUGGCAGCUGCUCACAGCCAGGGGAUGGUUCCCAUGGCAGCUGCUCACAGCCAGGGGAUGGUUCCCAUGGUAGCUGCUCACAGCCAGGGGAUGGUUCCCAUGGUAGCACCACGAACACAUGGUCUGGUCACUGCACAGCAGGGCACUGAUCCUGGACUGUACGACCAUUUGAGAGCAGCUAGUAUUACCAGCAAUUCCAAUAACAAUAUCGCAGGAAAUGGAUCUAUGGACUGCCUGUCUAACACUGAUAACAAUAGCUCAAGGUGUGAUAAUGUGAGCGACAGAAACAGUUUCUCCAGUCUACAGUGGGACAACACGUCUCACAGUAACCAUGGUAACACGUCUCACUCUAAAGCUAAAGUUAAUCUCAGCAAUCAG